AUGGACUCCGAUGGAGACUCACCACCCUUCUGGUCCCCACCCACCACCGUUCUUCCCCGACCUCGCCGCCGAUCAUCUUCUCCGAUUCUCAACCCUGUUGUCCUAAUCCUUCUGCUUCCAAUCCUCGCAUUGCUCAUCAUAUUUUUCGUAAUUCCUCCGUUUCUCUCUCAUACCACCCAGAUUCUCCGACCUAAUUCCGUCAAGAAAAGUUGGGACUCAUUCACCAUCUUGCUCGUCUUAUUCGCAAUUCUCUGUGGAGUUUUUGCAAGAAGAAAUGACGACGGAUCGUCCACCGGCGGUGCCGACGAUGGCACCACCUUUUCUAGUGGUUCGUACAGUGAAAAGCCACAGGAAUCGGCUUCGAAUACUCAAUGGUUAGAGUAUUCCGAUCAGAAGGUGUAUAAUCCUCCGGUUCGGUCUACGGAAACUGGUGGUGGCGGAUUGAGAAGGAGUAGUAGCUCGUACCCAGAUCUGAGACAAGAGUCCUUAUGGGAAAACGUUGACAAUCGGUUUCGGUUCUUUGACGAUUUUGAAGUGAACAUGUUUCGAUCGUCGGGAUCCGAUUACGUUCACCGCCGUCAUCGGAGGACUCCACCGGACAGACACAAUUCUGAUAUUAAAGAAAUUCCAGUGGAUACGUUUGUACUCCGUUCAUCUCCACCACGCAAAUCGCCGGCGCCACCACCUCCGCCACCUCCACCGCCUGCGAAUUCAAAACGAAAAAGAACUGUACGGAGUGUCCCUCGUAAAGAAAAAGUGGAAAAGCGAAGUGAUGGCCGUGAAGCUGAGUUUGUGAAAUUUCAAUCGCCGCCUCCUCCGCCUCCGCCACCGCCACCACCACGUCCGCCAGCAACGGCGACGGUGCAUGGGUCGGAGCAGAAGCACGAAAGAAUUCAUCGGAGGAAAAGUGGUUCAACGAAGGAAAUUGCGGCUGCUAUUGUUUCACUCUAUAAUCAGACGAAGAGAAAGAGCAAAAGCAAGACAAGAAAUAUUUACGACGAUGCCACUCAAUCUCCUUCUUCGGUUCAUUCGAAUAUACCGCCACCAUCGUCGCCGCCACCUCCGCCGCCACCACCACCUCCUCCGCCGCCUAAUGUAUUUCAAAAUUUGUUCAAAAAAGGAAGUAAAACUCCGCCGCCGCCGCCGCCGCCACCACCUCCAUCUUCUAUCCUUAACACCCUAUUCAAAAACGGAAACAUAAGCAAGCGAUUUCAUUCAAAGUCACCUCCACCAGUACCGCCACCACCACCAGAAUUUGUGUCAUCAAAACAGAGAGAUUACACUCGACCUCUAUCAACACCAUCACCUCCGCCACCAGACCCUAUCCGGAGACGUCCAGCGACCACCGGAAAACCACCAUUGCCGACAAAGGUUAGCAGUUACUACGAGAGGGAAGAAUAUGUGAACAGCGGCGCACAGUCUCCGCUAAUUCCAAUGCCACCACCACUGCCGCCGUUCAAAAUGCCGGAGAUGAAGUUUGAAGCUCGUGGUGAUUUUUUCAGUAUACGGAGUACUCAUAGCUCUCGGGCUAGUUCUCCAGACAUAGAAGACGUUGAAGUAAUGUCAAGUAAGUCGUCGGACGCCAUGGACAGUGCCGAUUUGACUGGAUCAUCGGCGUUCUGUCCUAGCCCAGACGUAAAUGUGAAGGCCGAUACUUUCAUUGCUAGGCUCAGAGAUGAAUGGAGGUUGGAGAAGAUGAAUUCAGUGAGACAGAAGCAAAACUUGGGUCAAAGCUCAGCCCAAGGAACUGGGUAAAGCACAAAGAAGAGGAAGACAUGAAUCGGGGGAUUUGAAUUUCUCUUCUUCUACACACAGAUCAGCACAAAGACAUCAAUUUGACUGCAUAUUAUACGGUAAUACAUAGAGUGAUACAGAUAGAAUGGCAAUUCGUAUUGGGCUCUACUUCUGUUUUUUGAUCCCAGUUAGAGUCCCUCUUUCAAGUUUGAAUUGUUUGAACUAUACUCGAUUGCACGAGGCAGUUUUGGCGCUUAUGCAGACUGUUUGUGUAAUUCGAACCUUGAACUUUGACGUUUAGACGUUUAAGUUACAAUAGAGCAACUUCACAAGUCGCCCUCAAUCGUUUGAACUAUGUACACAUGGUAUGUAAUGUAAACGGCAAUGGGAUUGGUGUUUUUUUUCCCCAUAAGAGGCCCCCUUUGGUUGUAGAGGAUAUGAGUCUGCAUUUCUGGUCUGAAUUGUUUGAUGGCAACAUGGAACAUAGAGAAUGUUCAUGGGAUUGAGGUCUGAUUGGGUUUUUUUGUUCCCUCUCAGAGCUCCUUUUACAUAUGUCUAGUUGAGUUUGGAGUUCGAGGUUGUAUUCUAUUUCUAUGAUGAACUUUUUUGUUCAUGUAUGUGAUAUGUAAACAUGUAAGCAUCCAAAUUGCAGCUGUUUUGUAGUACUGUUACAAUGCAAUGAAGCUUCCUAUUGCUUUU